AUUUCACGUGGUACCAGUGGUCAAUAUCUCUGACCUGGAUACCCAGCUGCUGUCCAACGCCAUCCAUGUCAAUACGCAAUUCAUUACAGUUGAUGCCCACAGACAAACCACUGGUGAUGUAGCUGUUGAUCCAUAAUGCUAUUUUAAAAAGGAAAAAAUAGAAUUGACAAUGUCAGUAUAUGAAUUGUAAUGAUUUGGUUAACAUCCAAAUGACUACCAGAUUCUAGCCUCUUUUGGAUGUCAUUGAGUACUAAGCUGGACCAGUGAAAGUAUGUCACUCUGCAACAGCUUGGGUGCACUGUUGGAGGCCAGGACAACUAGGGCAGACAAUUGAAAUUGGGCAAAGCCAGAGGAUAGAAAGUCAUUGGAUUGAGUCUGACAUGGUUCACUUGUGUGUUUCCAUUUCAGAUGGUGGGCUCAGGCUUGAGUCCGUACAAAAAGGAUCACCAAAGUGUGGGCGAAGUAGUGGAAAGAAGGCAAUAGGAAUGGCUACUUUGCGACGACAACCAAGAUCCAGAACAGGCUCAAAUCGUCAGGAUCGUGGCUCCUGUUCUUCCACCGCUUCUUGCCCUGUUUUCUCUGGACCUUACAGCGACCAAGAGGAGGACCCUCCAGUGCGUCGCCAAUCUUCUCCGUUACUCAAAGGCUCCGUCUCUAAUCUUCAAAGCACCACUAGUCCCAGUUCCAGGGGUUCCCUGUCCAGCCUGCAGGGGUUUGUUCCCCGCCUCCCAGGAUCUCUGUUAAGCCUCCAAGGAUCUCUGUCCAGCCUCCAGAGUUCUUUACCAAACCUAAGGGGAUCAUUCUCUCGGUUUAAAAGGCGGUCACUCGGUAGUCUGGACAACUCCAGCCCCAGUCCAAGUGAUCGGAGUACAAGUCCCAGCCUACAGAGUGGGAACGGCAGCUCUAGUGAUGAUGAUGGCAGUUGGGAUACAAACAGCUGGAGCUCAGGGGCUACUUGCCUGCUACGAACUCCUGUUAAACAAGACAGCAAGGAGAGCUCAAAGGAAUCAAGUGGAAAAAAUGACUCUGCUAACCAGGCGUCCGCUGCUGCCAAGGCUGAGGAUGAAAUCAUUUACCAAAAUCUUAUCUUCUCACGCCCUGCUGCUGUGGCUGAAUGCACUCCUGAGAGACCCUGCACAGUGCUAAGAAAAGACACAGGAACCCAGAGUGAGUCCUCAUCUUGCCUGAACAAGAAUGCUCCUUCAGCCUCAUCCCAUCAGGAGGAUGAAACAACAGACGACAAGCGCAAGUUCUCACAGUUUCUGAAUGAGGUGACUUGCAGGGUGUUAAAAACCAAUGGUGGUCCUCCUCAGCAGCAGUCUAUUCUCCGACAUCGCUACCAACCUUCUCCUCAACCACCGCCGACGUCAACCCCUUCACACCCACCGACGCACUCGGUCCCAACUAACACAUCGACAUCAGCAUCAAACUCGUGGUACAGCCCGACCAGCUUAAACCUUCAGACCAUCAAGGAGUACGAGAAGGACAUCAUGAGCUCCAUCCACCAGUGGAGCAAGACAUUACCUAGCUGUAAGAUCUUAGAGCCUGGGGAUGUGUUGACGAAAGUAAAAGGGGAAAGUCAUUCACACCCAGAGCACAAUCUAGAGCUAUGUACAAAAGUCCAGGCGCAGCCGUCCACAGGGAGACUUUAUCUAGAGACAGACAUUGACAGAGUGAGGCAGCUUGAUGAACUGGUAGCUAAUGGCACCCUCGGGAAAGAGAGGAAUGAGAAAAAGCUGGAGAAAGGAAUGGAGAGAGGGACGGAGCGGGAAAGCAGGAUUCUAUGGGACAGAAAUGGAGGCCUGACAAUGGAGAAAGGGAAGGAGAGGGAGAAGAGAAAAGAGAGCGCUUGGGAAAGAGACAAAGGGGCCGAAAAGGGGAAGGAGAAGGAUAAAGAGAGAGAAAAGCACUGCUGGGAGAAGGACAGAAUGACAGAACGAGGGAGGGAGAAGGAGAAGGAGAAGAAAGUGGUAAUACCCAGUUAUGAGAUCCCUGCUCCUCAAAUGGCCUCAAGCGGACGGAGUAACCCCUGCCCUGUUUUCAGCUGGCCAGAGGGAUUUCCCAGAAUGUCCUAUAGGUCUACCUCACUGCCCAGACCUGUUAAUAUCACUGAAUCUGAUGGAGAGAUGCAGCAUGACACGAGCUCAUUCCACGACCACAAGGAUGACCUCCGCAAGCGUCUGUCGUACACCACCCACAAACUAGAGAUGGUGGAGACAGAGUUCGACUCCACGCGGCAGUACCUCGAGACAGAGCUGCGCCGGGCCCAGGAGGAACUGGAGAAAUUCACAGAGAAGCUACGCAGGAUCCAAAGCAGCUAUGCAGCUCUUCAGAGGAUCAACCAGGAUUUGGAGGACAAGAUGCACAGAACGUCUCAGCACCAUGAAGAGGAAAAGAGAGCCCUCAGCCGGGAAAUCAUUGUUCUCAACAACCACCUCAUGGAGGCGAAGAUCACCAUUAAUAAGCUCAGAGAGGACAAUGACCUGUACAGGAAAGACUGCAACCUGGCAGCCCAGCUGCUGCAGUGCUCCAAGUCUCACUACAGAGCACACAAGAUGUCUGAGCUACCACUGGAUUUCCAGGAGCGCAUCAGUUCCCACAUGGAGAAACACAACCGGGGAGGCGGAGCCACCAUGGCAAUGUGUCACUCCAACUAUUCUGACGCUGUGCCCACGGCCAUAAUCGCCAAGGUCCUCGAAAAGCCUGAACCAGGGAGCAGUUGCCCGGUGACACGCUCACCUAGCCCGCAGCCACAAGAUGGAGACUUUCUAACAGGAACAGGAAGCACUGAUCACCUGAACCGACGCAUUUCGUAUAAGAGUUCCGACCUGUACUGCAGCGACACGGCCCUCUACUGCCCUGAACGGUGGCAAGACACAGAGCGCCGGCAGAGCGUCGACCUUCAUGGGACUGGCCUGGUUCAGCUUCAUGCCCAGAACUCCACGGACAGCAACCCAGAUGAAGAGGCUUUCCAUUCUGGGAGUUUCUCCCACCAUGAGCCCCCAUCCUCCUUCCACCAUGACGAAUUUGGGACUGGUAGCCUCCCUGCAUCCAGUUCUUACUCCAGCUUCAGCCUUGCGUCAGAUGAGAAGGGAGGGAUUACUGGUGGGUGUGGGCGUACUGCUAGCAGCACCUUAUCCUCUUCCCACCAGGGUCUCUAUAUGGAUUGGCGUGAUGGUGGCAGUGGGGACUAUGAGCGCAAAAGCAUGUCCUCUUACGAAAAAGACAGCCCAAGCUUCCCAAAGUCCCACAGCAUUCAGCACAUGGUGAUCCCCAGGAGCCCACAAAAAGGCACCUCCCCAGCGUACACAAGGACAGCUUCAUGCUUCAGUGAACCAUACCAUUCCAGCUCCCCUCGCCUGGCCUCCUCUCACAGCAUGGGCUCCACAACUGGACUGGGCCAGGCACGUGCAGGAGGUCUGGACAACCGAGGCGAUGUCCAGGUCCCCGACGACGACCUGAGCAACCGCUGGAGACAGCUCAGUGUGGAAGACAUCAACACCUUCUCAUCUUCUUAUCGCGACAUCACUGGGCGGGUCUCUCCGUACAGUUUCUCCGAACGCCACUUCGCCAUGGGCCCUUCCAGUAAAGUCAAGGGGACUCUCUACAGCAGCUUCCAAGAAGGAGAUGACGUCUUCCACAGCCGGGUGCUGGACCAGUGUUUCGCUGUAGGUUCCCCUUCAGCUAGCCGCAGCCCUAAACCCAUGGAGCAUCGCAAGCAGGACAAAACGUCUGUCCUCUAUAGAGCCAAGGAUGACAGUCAGGACUCUGAGUGCAGCCUGUUCCUCUCAGGGAGCUCUAAAGACAAGGAGAGCAGCGGGGGAGCGACGGCAGCAAGCAGCGGCAAGAAGGACUACGUGAAUCUGAGCGCAGAUAGCUCGGCUGAGUCCUUACACCAAAGCUCGCUCGAAGCCUCGAGUCUUCAACACUACCCCAGCCCCAGGCCGAGCGUCCGGCCUCGCCCAAGCUCCAGCUCCGCUCUCAGUGUCGGCCCCGCACUCCCAAAGAAGACCUCUCCAAGAUACCAAAAAUUUGGCAGCACGGGACUGACGAGAAAAGACAGUUUGACCAAGGCACAGCUGUACGGUACACUGCUGAACUGACGUGGAGAAACCCAGCUUUCCAAUUUAUGCAUGAUGAUGAUGAUGAUGAUGAUAAUGAUUCCUAACUUACUGUACUGGUCUGUACUGUAUGUCUACCUGCAGCAAAUGCGUACUUGGUGUGAUGGGGUGUUAAGAUGUUGUUUUAUGUAUCUUAGCCAAGGCACGUUUCAUGCAGUCUGCGACAUUUUUUCUAAUGUACGUCCACAUUCCCAGCUACACAAAGAUACUGUGCUACUUGCUCUUCUUUUGGUGUCAAGUACUGUUAGUAAAACCAGCAAAAGACCAUCAAUUACUGCUCUGAUACAUACAGUACUUAAAAUGGACUAUAGCGUGUGUAAUGGAGUGAUUUAAUUAGCCAUGUUUGACAGAGGUUAUCCAUUAUGUAUAGUGGACCAUGCUGACUGCGAGCUAUUAAAAAGAUCCGUCCAAUCUCUAUUUUCUCUUUAAAAUAAAUGCAUGUUGUAGAGUGCACAUGAGUAAGAUGGAAAAUACAUUUUCCUAGUUAAAUUGUUUAUAGGGACAUUAUCUAUAAGCACCACUUACUAGACAGGAGCAUUUUCAAACUGGCUAAACAAGUCCUUAAGCCUGAUUUCACACUUAUUAAACAUAAGCUUUAAUUCCCCGAAUCUCUUUAUGAGUUAUAACUGAUAACAAAUAUAUAUGUGUGUGUAUAUAUGUACAUAUAUAUAUAUAUGUACACACACACACACACACACAUACAUAUAUAUAUAUAUUAGAUUACAAAAUUACUGCUAGAGAAAAACUAUGUAUACAUUCAAUAGAAGUGAUUCCACAGUCAUAAACCAUAAAAAUACAGCGCUGCAAUAUGUUUGACUUUACUCAGCUGGAGUUCACGUUAUUCUAUCAAAAUAAGAUAAGAAAUCAGAGGUUUUACUGCGCUCUAGUUACAUUUAAACCAGGACACUUGCCUUAAUUCUGUUCAGUGGGCAGAAUGGUCUCUUUUACAGCAUUUAAGAACUGUGUACAUACUGUAUAUCUGCUGUAUUCUUACUGUACGUAUACACUACUGUUACAGCAUAUGUUCUUCCUUUCGUAUAACACACACAUACAAACAGGAGGUGAAGGAGGAAUUUGUUCAUAUGUCACUGAAGAACUUUUUAAUGCAAUUGGCACUAGAAAGCUGGCAGUUCGGGGACAUAUGCACAUAAAGGAAGAUGAACAGGAAAGGUGUUUAGAAACAGCUGAUUAAAGACGAGAGAAAAUGUACAGUGUUGUUUUGAACCAGCAUGCUCGGUUAGGCUAUGUUAGAGAAUUUACUGUGAAAUUAGACAAAGCGUAAAUAUAUACAUACAUAGAAAGUAAAGGCAAAGACAUGCUGUCCUGUUGGUGAAUAAAAAAAUAAACAUGUAAGACCUCAAUGAAGAUCUGCAGAGAUCUUGUCCUGCUACUCAACAAGUGUGCUGGUAGCACAAUAGCCCGCUACUAUUUCCAGUAUCAAAAUAGUACAAAAAUGACAACGUUCCAACAUCUGGUAUACAUGAACCAAGGAUUUGCUCCUGCUUGUGUAGCUUUGUGGAUUUGAGAGCAAUGGUGACGGGAAGAAUGUAAAUGUACAAAAAAUAACAGGAUCUCAGUUUCGUCCUUGAGUCGUCGUGGAUAGAUUUUAUUUUGGAAUUCCAUGCUUCUACCUCUUCCAUUCCUGCAAAUCUAAGGACUGGCUUAAGGCUGUUUUAAAGAUUUUCAAACAUCUCUUCUUUAUAUCCUCGUCACGUUUAUUAAGGCAAAACUGCGUCACAAAGUCUCGGACGUUUUUCUUAUGUGGUAUGAUGUAUAGGCAUUAAUAGGUGGAAAAGGGUUCGGGAAUAAACUGUAACCACUGUACAGACGGAUUGAGAGUAUAACUGGUAUUUUUGUUGUGGAUAAUAUGUAUAAAAAGAGAUGGUGCGUACACAAAUGUUACUACUUUAUGACUAUUUUUUAAUCUAAUUUCAGUUGAUGCUAAAAGUCAUUGAAUGAUUUGACCUUGAAUGACGAGGCUGAAGUGGUUCUGUCCUGUCCUACCUCCAGCCCUGUUCCAGGAACAACAGGCCAGCUGUCUAAAUGUCAACAUGUUUGUCUGACUGAUGCAUGGUUAUAUAUUUUUGCUGUAUGUUUUAUUUAAUUAAUAAAGAUGGGUGUUGGGAAAUACA